UCGUCUACCAAAAUCUUCAAAAAUCCAAGAAACUGUUGCUAAAUCUUCAAAGAUUCAAGCAAAAGUUUCAAAAUCUUCGUCUAAAGCAAAACCUUUAUCAAAAAUAUUAAAAGCAACUAAAUCUUUACCAAAAAAUGCAUCUAAAUCUUCACAAAAAAAUUUCUUAAAAAAAUCAAAAUUUUAUUAUUAUGAAGAUGAAGAUAAGGAUAAAGAUGAAUACGAUGAAAUAAGCCAAAAUCAAAGAAAUAUUCAAAAUGAUGACAAUAAUACUGAUAAUGCUUCGCCAUCACCAAAAUCUUUAACCAGAAGUCAAAAUCAAA